CGCAUCCUCAUUGCCCCGUUCAGUCUCUUUGGAGAGGGAGGCGUUUGUUUUGAAUGACGUCACCCACCAGCUGACUGUUGGAAAGUGAACCGCAGCAGCAAGGGGCGGGCAUUCGUUCACACAAACUCACACAGGCAGAAAAAGUUGUCUCCUCCUGUGUUGCAGCUCCCGAGAGUGCAUGGUGUCGUGGAGGGAAACUGAUUCUGCGUGACUGCAGCAGAGAGCGUCGUUUCAUUUUAAGCUACCGCCCAGAGACUGCAGGCUGCACCUCCGAGCCAUCGACCGACGGGCGACCCGGGGUGAUUAAACAAGCCCCCACAACUCUCCGGCCAACAGUUUGAGAGCUAACAGAAGGAGCUAAUCGGCUAACCCGAAAUGGCGACGGCUAUAUACUUGGAACAUUACCUUGACAGUAUUGAAAACCUUCCAUGUGAGCUGCAGAGAAACUUCACUUUGAUGCGGGACCUGGACAAUAGGACUGAAGAAAAGAAAGGAGAGAUCGACAAACUGGCUGAAGAGUACAUAGCGAAGGUGAAGAACCUGGCCUCAGAGCAGAGAGUGGAACACCUGCAGAAGAUCCAGAACGCCUACAGCAAGUGCAAAGAGUUCAGCGACGACAAAGUCCAGCUCGCCAUGCAGACGUACGAAAUGGUGGACAAACACAUCCGCAGGCUGGACGCAGAUCUGGCGCGGUUUGAGAACGAGCUGAAGGAGAAACUGGAAGUGAGCGGCUACGAAAGCACAGAGGGAAGAGCGGUGAAAAAGGGAGAGGCCCGGGGGCUGAGAGACAAGCGAGCCUCCAGAGGAAGAGCAAGGAAAGGUUCUGAUGAAGAUUCUCCCAAAAAGAAAAAGAUAAAGAACAGCCCAGACUUGAGUGACGCUCUGCUGCCGAUGCAGCCAUCAGACGUCUUGGACAUGCCGGUCGACCCCAAUGAGCCGACAUACUGCCUCUGCCACCAGGUGUCAUAUGGAGAAAUGAUUGGAUGUGAUAAUCCAGAUUGUCCGAUCGAAUGGUUCCACUUUGCUUGUGUUGAUCUCACCUCGAAACCCAAAGGAAAAUGGUUUUGUCCGAGGUGUACCCAAGACAAGAAGAAGAAAUGAGAUUUCUUACCAUCAGAAAUACCUUACUAAUAAUGUAUGUAUUUUGGAUGUAGUUUAAUAGUGUAAUAUAUAUUUCAGUUCCUAUAACUCUCCAUAUACAUGUCGGGUCAUACAGCUUUCUUUAAAGGCCUAAUCCAGAUUUUGAGUAUCACCGUUAUCUCCCCGAUUACCGAUCAGAAAGUCCUUCCUUUCAAGUCAUAGUGUAUAUAUUGUCAUUACUAAUAGAAAUCUUGGAUUGUGGCUUUAGCAUACUUGAAAUAUCAAUUUUAUAAAGAACUAUUUUUUAAACGAAUGAAAAGCCUGCUGAGAAUUUACAAUUUCAAACACCUUAAAUCCUUAAAACCAAGUUUUGCUGGUAAAAGGAAUGAUGUGUCAGACUUUCAGUUACCUACCUCCUUAGGGAAAUACAUCAGCACUGCAUACAUGACUGCAAUGAUACCAGUGUAAAAUUAAUGUUUAGAUUAUCUUAAACCAAACAAGCAAAGCAAUGUAAACUCAUUGAUUAUUUUCAACAACAACGAAAAAGCGACAUUUUUGAAUGUAUUGUGGUACUAAAGGUCAGUCAGUCAGUGUCUCUCUGAAUGAGGUAUUUACGCACUUUGAAUGAAAUUUUCCCCUCAAGAGGUUUGAUACUGCAGGCGUGGUUUUAUGAUAUAGUUUAUCUCCUUUAAAACUUUGCCAUCGCUUUUAUGGAAAUAUAUACGUAUAUAUAUAUGUUUUGUAUGAUAACAAUAUUUUGUGGAGUUUGUUUUUUUCCAAAGAUAUAUAUGUUGUAUUGCUUAUUACUUAUUGGUGUACGCUCAAAUUUUAUUUAAUAGGAUUUUAGAAUCUUCUUUCAUACUCGACUGUGAAUAUCACUCACCUAGGUGUAAGCCACAAAUAAAAAGAGCCAAAGUCUUUGUAUUUUGUAAAAUUCAGUAUUUUAUAACAAAUAAAUAUUCACUAUUA